ACCAGYGGGUCAAUCAUCGGACAGUAUUAUUUGCACUUUAUCAUUAAACUGUAGUUCAUGUAUUUCACAUCCCCAAUGUGCCUGGUGCAAUACUGUUACACCCAAUGUUGGUAUGUCCCGGUGCGACUCGGAGGACAGUUUACUGGCCAACGGCUGUCCCCGUAAKGAUAUAAACAAUCCAUCGUCAUCUGUAGAAAUCAUUCAAGAUAAUGAACAAAUAAACCCAACUGAAUCGCCCAUUCAAUUACAUCCACAAAAAAUUCAUCUACAUAUCAGACAAAAUGACUUACAGCGCUUCCACAUAAAAUUUGAACAGUCACUUGACUACCUGGUUGAUUUAUAUUAUUUGAUGGACUUGACAUACUCGAUGAAAGAGCAUAAAGAAAAAUUGGGUGAACUGGCCGAUAGUCUCUCCCAACACAUGAACAACAUUACCAAAUCAUUUAGACUCGGGUUCGGUUCGUUCAUCGACAAAGUGGCCAUGCCCUAUGCCAGUAUGGUUGACUCAAAGUUGGCCAAUCCGUGUACCGAUAAGCAACAAUGUGCGCCUCCCUAUGGUUUCAAAAAUCAUUUGCCACUCAAUGCCAACAUUUCGCAGUUUGUACGGGAAGUCGAAUCGACGCCACUGUCCGGCAAUCUGGACAACGCCGAGGGCGGCUUCGAUGCCAUUAUGCAAGUUAUACGAUGUCAGCGACACAUCAAUUGGCACGACUUGUCCCGUAAGAUCAUUGUGUUCGCCACGGACUCUAUAUUUCAUUACGCGGGCGACGGAAAACUGGGAGGAAUUGUUAAGCCUAACGAUGGUAAAUGUCAUCUAAAUAGGGACGGAAUGUACAGUGAAUCCCUUGAACAAGACUAUCCAUCACUGGAACAAAUCAACAAAGCGGUGACCGACUCAAAGAUGUACAUCAUAUUUGCCGUACCGGAGGAAAGUAUUCACGUAUAUAAGCAGUUGAGUGAACACAUCCCCGGCUCGACUACCGGCCUAUUAAGAGACGACUCGUCAAACAUUGUAGACAUCAUUAGAGACAACUUUAAACAUAUCUCAUCACGGAUUGAACUUCGGGACAACUCGUCCGAUGCAAUAGAAAUCAGAUAUAUGUCGUCGUGUUUGGRAACUCAUAAAAGUGAGACAAACGUUUGCAAUAACAUUCAGUCCGGUCAGUCGGUAGAAUUUGAUGUCGAGCUUAAAGUGACCAAAUGUCCCGUCGGUGGACGCGAAACCUUUGCCAUAACACCUAUCGGUAUCAACGAGUAUACAGUGGUUGAGUUACAUGUUAUGUGUGAGUGCGAAUGUGAACUGGCACCUGUAGCCCAGCCCAACGCCACCGAAUGUUCCAGUGAAGGCACCUAUGCGUGCGGUAUAUGCGAAUGCAAUCAGAAUCGGUUCGGCAAAAAGUGCGAGUGUGACAGUGACCACACCAUUAAUGAGGAACUCAUAUCUCAGUGCCGACGGAGUUCCGACUCUAAUGUUUUGUGUUCAAAUCGAGGCGAUUGUGUUUGUGGUGAGUGUCAGUGUCAUCCCAGAGCCAAUAGAGAAGAACUGGUAUCGGGAAAGUGGUGCCAAUGCGACAACUUUUCGUGUAAUAGAGGCUAUAAAGGAUUGACUUGUGGCGGACACGAAAGGGGCUACUGUUGUGAUGGCAUUUGCCAUUGUGUGCCCGGUUGGUCGGGACCGUUAUGUGAUUGUAGUACUUUGAACAACACUUGCAUUUACAGUGAAAAUGAUGGCAAUGUAUGCUCGGGUAAUGGUGACUGUAGGUGCGGCAACUGUAUCUGCAAUGAGGGUUAUUAUGGAAAAUAUUGUGAAGAGUGUGCAAGCUGUGAGGGUCGCUGUAAUGAACUGCAGCCCUGUGUCGAGUGUCGGGUGUUUGAGUCGGGAACGUAUUCACCGGUCGAGUGCCGCGACAAAUGCAAAUAUGAUUACAAAACUGUCAAUGAAUUAGAGACCAGAGAGAGCACCAGACGCUGUGUUUUCUUUGAUAGAGACGACUGUGCCAUCAAUUUUGACUACGAAUAUAAAGACAAAAAUUUAUUUAUUAGAGUCAAACAGGACAGGGAGUGUCCGGCACAGGUAAAUGUCGGUAUAGUAGUGGGUUCGGUUGCAUCUGCUAUUGUUAUCAUUGGCUUAUUGGUUGUACUCGUGGGUCGACUGAUCAUUUGGUACAGAGACAAGAAAGAGUACGAAAGAUUUCGUACAGAAGCUGAACUUAAUCUUAAAAAUCUUAGAAAUAUUAACAAUGAAAUGAAUCCAUUAUUUACUGCCGCCACUACUAAUCAUAUAAAUCCAUUGUAUGGCAAAUCUACUCAAAAUGAAUAUAUGUAA